AUGCAAGACGCGCGAUACACUCCCAAUCCGCUCCGUCCAUACUACAAACCUGCUUCGAUUGGCGUGGCCGACAUUUCUUCCAAUGCCACCACUGGAGCCUCCAAGCCGACAUCAGGAGCGACCUUUUCCUUCCCAGACCUCGACUAUUCCGACUAUAUAUCUGAUGCUGCACCCUCACUCAAUCUUUCAAUCAAGUCAAUAAUCGACCAGACGGUAUGGAAAUAUACAAGCGUCGUCUUUGCACAGCCGUUUGAGGUUGCAAAGCUCAUUCUACAGGCACGCGUCGCUCAAGAGAGUGAUGGUGACCGGCCUAAGAGACAAAGUCGCAACGUAGAGCAAGAGGAAGAAGCAGUAUCUGCAUACGAUUAUGACAACUCCUCAGACGAUGAACCCAACUAUUUCAGCUCCAGCGCCCCGUACGAGAGACCUCUGUCCAGCGGCUCCCCGGAUCGUGGAAGAAGAGGAAGACCUCCACGCAGUGAGCCCUCACCUCUCCACCGAGAUCGUCAGCAAGCGUCAGACGGCUAUCUUUCUCUCAAAAACCCUCACUCUCUCAUGGACGUCUUGUCCACUCUCUCCUCGAACAGCGGUGCGUUGGCUAUGUGGAGAGCGACGAACUCGACAUUUGUCUAUAACAUUUUGAUCCGGACAUUAGAGACCUUUUUCCGAAGUUUCUUAGCAGCAGUGCUUGGGAUCUCAGAGAGCGAGGUUCUGCUUCCACUAUCUUCGGGUUCCAUACCAGAUACUUCAAUACUCUCGUCACCCUCACCCAUCUCUACAGUUCUCAUCGCAACUGCGGCAGCAGCGAUGUCAGCACUCGUACUCGCACCGAUCGAUGCUGCCAGGACUCGACUGAUUCUCACGCCAUCAAGCCAAGAACCAAGAACACUUUUAGGAACGUUGCGAACACUUCCAACCUCCUAUUUGAUCCCUUCGCAUUUGAUACCCAUCACAUUCCUCACCUCGACAUUGCCCACACUUCUUUCGGCAAGCACACCCGUGGUUUUGAAGACAUAUCUGGGGCUAGAUCCAGCCAUGAAUCCAGCAAGUUGGAGUGUGGCCACAUUUGCCAGCUCGACCCUAGACUUAGCCAUCAAGUUUCCACUUGAGACCGUUCUACGAAGAGCCCAGAUCGCUACAUGGACUGCCCCAAAUCAAUUACUACCUACUUCUUCCUCCAAAAGGAAAGCAGUGACAACAAUUGUACCAGUCCCACAAUCCUACCGUGGCAUCUUGCCCAUGAUAUGGACAAUUAUCAAUGACGAGGGAUAUUCAGAAUCUGAAAAGGACAAAGCAGCGGCAUUACUGGGUAAAGCACCCAGAAGGAAACGCAAAGGACAGGGUGUGCAAGGGUUGUACAAGGGUUGGAGAGUCGGGUUUUGGGGCCUUGUAGGGGUCUGGGGCACCUCGUUCAUCGGAGGAAUCCAAAGUGGCAGUGAGGCCGCCAGUAACGCGGGAGUCCAUGGCGGCAAAUUCUGA